UUUCUUAUUUGUCUCGUUUUUACACGAAUAAAACAUUACACUAGUCAUUUACCAUGAGAGACCAUGCACACAAAUUAAUGUCUGAAGAGUUUUCCUGGUGACCAAAGUGCUGUUUUGAACAACAGGAAAGAACGGCUUAACUAUGCUAUCUUGUAAGGAAUCAAAUUUUUGUAAUGCUUCACGCGAUUGGAUUAUAAAUGUCGAUUGAUUUUGAAAAGUGAAUUCAUAUUCGUUUUCAUUCAAAGGACUGCUAGAUAUUUAUUAAGUACUGUGUUCUGGUGCGCUCGCUGUACUCAGUGGUGCCGACAGAGAUCUCACUAUUGUACGAUCUGCGGUGUGAUUUGUCACAGUGUUUAUCACUGAACAACGAUAGUAUCCUAGCUGUAUAUUUCAAGGAUGCAGAUGUUUGCAUAGGUCUCUUGUUAUACCACACAUACACGCAGACUUAGAGAAAUUUGGCGGAUAUUGUCAUUAGAGCGAACUUUUACAAACAUAUAAUCUAGUGAGCUAUGUUGGAAAUUGUCUGCGGCAAAUAAACAUGGCAGAUGGAAAAUGUGCGAAGUGCUCCAGGUACCUUCUGGUUAUCUUCAACUUCUUUUUCUGGGUAUCUGGAUGUGGACUGUUAGGAAUCGGGAUCUGGAUUUGUGUGGACGACAGGAUUGAAGAAUUCCUCAGCAAUGCAAGCAUUAGUUUCCCCUUGAACUGGAUCUAUAUUUUUGCGUACAUUAUAAUUGGCAUCGGAGGAUUUAUUUUCAUCACCGGAUUCUGUGGAUGUUGUGGAGCCGUUCGGGAAAGUGCCUGGAUGUUAGCUGGUUAUAUAGGCUGUGUAGUCCUGAUACUGGUGGCCGAGUUGGUGAUAGGAGUCUAUAUCGCUGUGGAACGGAAAAAUUUGGAAGGAAUGCUUCAAAAUGAACUUUCAAGACUAGUAAAAGACUACUCUGAACACAACAAUAAUGUCACGAUGGAUUUCCUUCAAAUACGAUUUGAUUGCUGUGGAUCCAGAAACUUUUCAGACUAUAGAGACACUGCAUUAAACAAUGGAACACACACCAAAAUGACCUGGAUCGUUCCAAACAGCUGUUGUAAAACAGGAAAGACACAGACAUGUUAUGAACAGGCCAGAAAUCUCGGGCCAGUAUACACAGAACUCAGAAGUAAGAGCUGUUUUGACGGUAUUAUAGAAUUUCUCUAUGGAAACAUCAUUAUUUUGAUUUCCGCUGUGGUGGGAGUGGCUGUUACUGAGAUCCUAGGAGUAAUUUGUGCAGUCAUACUAUGUCAAAACAGAACGGAAUAUUGGGAUUGGGAUUAAGAUGGACUACAUUUAUCAGCGGAGAAAGUUGUGGUGAAUUGUCCAGUCUGUAGAUAGAGACCACGUGAUUCAUUGGAAUGAGAGGCUGCUAUAAAGAAAUCGAUGUUGGAAGCGUAGAGCCGAACUUGUUAUGACCAUGAGUUAUUUUACAAAAUUAAAAGCUCAGAUGUCGUGUUAUCUCAUUGCAUGUAACAUUAAGAAGAAGCAAUUUACUGCCAUGCUUACUUAAUAUAAACUGAUAUUUAUUAUCCCUGAAAUUUAAUCGAUAAUGUCAGACACAUGCACGUUAAAUUAAUGUGCCUUUCAACAAACUGAGCCAUGUCUUUCACGAAUAUAUUUCAUUGUAUAAUUAAUUGAAGUACCCUGUAUUCAAUCAAAUAACCAGUAAUCGGUCAAAUUGCUCCAAACUAUAUACACAUGAACAUUGCAGUGUUAUGUGCAGAAUGAAAACAAAAUAGAAUAUUCUUUUUUAUAUUAGAUGUGUGAGUUUGUUUGACAGUUUUGUUCCAUGUUUUCAUGUUGCUAUUAUCGAUAUUAAAAAGAAAAACCCACACAAAAUAAAUAUAAAAUCAAAA